AUGGCACCCCCUCGAGAUACCGGGCGUGUUCAAUUGCCCGAGACCUGGAACCCCGAAAGCGUUUCAUUUCCACUCCGAAAAGAUCUGCCUAGCAUUCCGGGAGCCCCAAAAGAUGCUGCCUGGGUUUGGGGCGCUGAAGACAAUGUCGGCCGCCUCAAUCUUCUCACCCGCGCCCGUGUGCUGGCUGCAUCAAAAGCAAUCAAAAGUGGCGAGGUCAUACCGGUAAACCUACCUCUCAAUGUCCCAGGCCAGCCUGCCUUCAAUCGAGAGCCCUUUGUCCACCACAUCAAGACUCUGGCUCCUGGGUUAUUUUACGAUGACAACUACUACAUGAACACCCAGAGCGGCACUCAGUGGGACGGCUUCAGACAUUUUGCUCAUUUACCUUCUGGGACGUUUUACAACAAUACCAAGGGACAAGACAUCGAGGGACCGGCCAGUAAUCUGAAAUGUUCAAUUCACCACUGGGCUGAGCGUGGCAUCGCUGGCCGCGGCGUGCUUCUAGAUUUCUGCUCUUAUGCGCAUGCAAAGGGUCUUCAUUUUGAUCCAUACGACACUUGCAGCAUCUCUUAUCAAGACUUGCUCGAAUGCGGCCGAGCGCAGGGCAUAGACAUUCGGCCCAAGGCGCAAGGAGGCGACAUUGAGAUUGGCGACAUCCUCUUCAUCCGGAGUGGGUGGGUCGAGGCCUAUCACAGCAAAAGUCCAACCGAACGCGCCCAUCUGGGACUCAGGGGCCACAAAGAGAUUAAGUUUGGCGGCGUAGCUCAAGAGGAAUCUAUACUUGACUGGCUGCAUGACUGCUACUUUGCUGCUGUUGCUGGGGACUCGCCCACAUUUGAAGCUUGGCCGACCAAGGCGGAAUACCACCUUCACGACGCAUCCGGUUUGGGACAGGCCUGCGUUGAGCACCUCGUCGAGAAAGGCGGCCAUGUGGCUAUCUUGGACAUAUCUCAAGACGCCGGUGCCGUCCUUGUGGACAAGCUGGGCUCGCAAACGAAAUUCUUCCCGUGCGAUGUGACACAAACCGAAUCUGUCACAGAAGCAGUCAAUGGUGCUGCACAAUGGAGUGCGCUAACUAAGAUGCCGCUUGGAGGUGUCGUUGCCGCUGCUGGUGUAGGCGGGCCUGCCACUAUCCUAGACAGACACGGUGCCCCUUUCGACCUCAAAUUGGUCGAUUGGGUGCUGAACGUGAAUCUUCGAGGUACUAUUGAUCUAGUGCGACAGUCAGUAGCCCAACUGGCCAAGGUUGAACCAAUCGAACCUGAUGGAGAGCGUGGAAUCGUGAUCAUGGUUGCCUCAUCAGCCGCUUUCGACGGCCAGAAGGGACAGGUGUCGUACGCGGCCUCCAAGGGCGCAAUCACGGCAAUGACACUACCCAUGACCCGGGAUCUCGCCCGAUUUGGUAUUCGGGUUGCUACUAUUGCACCUUCGCUUUUUGAAAGCGCCAUGACAUCGCGCAUGACUGGCAAAGUUCGGACAAGCUUGGAGUCUGCCAUGGAGUUCCCCAAGCGGGCAGGACAGCCAGACGAAUUUGCAGCAGUCGCCGUACACCUGAUUGAAAACAUCAUGCUCAACGGGACGGUGAUCAGACUUGACGGCGGCAUGAGAAUGCCGAGCAAGAUGUAA